AGCGGGCGGGAGAGGAGCGGGGAGCGCGGCUGCACGGCCCCGGCCGGCUCUGCAAGGCGGCGAUCGCCGAGGAGGAGAAGGAGGAGCAGCAGCGCCGCAGAGGCGGAGGGAUCUGCGCACCAAAGCCAUCUAGGCCAGCAAAGUUUGGCUGGGGGUUGGACUUUCCUUCCCGGAGGCGGCACCCAAACAGCUACCCCGUGCGGAAACCCAAACUUUCUACUGCCACUCGGGAGUCUUGCGGCCGCCGCCUUCUCCCCGCGCGUCCGGGGCCUGCCCGUCAGUCCGUCGGUCCGCGUGGAGCCGCUCGGGCGCCGCCGUGCUCCCGAUCUCUGCAGCUGCAGCGCCGUGGUCCUGGCUCGGACGUCCGGGCAAGUUCUCCAGAGUUAAAAGCGAAGUUCGGGCGAGGCGCGGGCCGAGCUGCCUCUGUGCGCCCCCGGCGUACCCAGUGCGCCCAGCCCCGCCGGGGGCGCCGGUGACCCUCCCGUGCCAGCCAUGUCGUCCAUCCUGCCCUUCACCCCCCCGAUCGUGAAGCGCCUGCUGGGCUGGAAGAAGGGCGAACAGAACGGGCAGGAGGAGAAGUGGUGCGAGAAGGCGGUCAAGAGCUUGGUGAAGAAGCUCAAGAAGACUGGGCAGUUGGACGAGCUGGAGAAGGCCAUCACCACGCAGAACGUGAACACCAAGUGCAUUACCAUCCCCAGGGCCACUGAGGAGAUCCCUCACACUGCCUGUGCACUGCAAGUCUGGGAUGCUGAGAAGUGGCUGGGAUGGAGGUCACUGGAUGGCCGGCUGCAGGUGUCCCAUCGGAAGGGGCUCCCCCAUGUUAUCUACUGCCGCCUGUGGCGAUGGCCUGAUCUACACAGCCACCAUGAGUUACGGGCCAUGGAGCUCUGUGAGUUCGCCUUCAACAUGAAGAAGGAUGAAGUAUGUGUAAAUCCCUACCACUAUCAGAGAGUAGAGACUCCAGUUCUACCUCCAGUGUUGGUGCCACGCCACACCGAGAUCCCGGCCGAGUUCCCCCCGCUGGAUGACUACAGCCAUUCCAUCCCCGAGAACACUAACUUCCCCGCUGGCAUUGAGCCCCAGAGCAAUAUUCCAGAGACCCCACCUCCUGGCUACCUGAGUGAAGAUGGAGAAACCAGUGACCACCAGAUGAACCACAGCAUGGAUGCAGGUUCUCCAAAUCUCUCCCCGAAUCCGAUGUCCCCAGCACACAAUAACUUGGACCUACAGCCAGUCACCUACUGUGAGCCGGCCUUCUGGUGCUCCAUCUCCUACUAUGAGCUGAACCAGCGAGUUGGGGAGACAUUCCACGCUUCACAGCCAUCCAUGACGGUAGAUGGCUUCACUGACCCCUCCAACUCAGAGCGCUUCUGCCUGGGCCUGCUGUCCAAUGUCAACCGGAACGCAGCCGUGGAGCUUACAAGGCGGCACAUUGGGAGAGGUGUGCGGCUCUACUACAUCGGAGGGGAGGUCUUUGCGGAGUGCCUCAGUGACAGUGCUAUUUUCGUCCAGUCUCCCAACUGCAACCAGCGCUAUGGCUGGCACCCUGCCACUGUCUGCAAGAUCCCCCCAGGCUGCAACCUAAAGAUCUUCAACAACCAGGAAUUCGCUGCCCUCCUAGCUCAGUCUGUGAACCAGGGCUUUGAGGCUGUCUACCAGUUGACUCGCAUGUGCACCAUCCGAAUGAGCUUCGUCAAAGGCUGGGGAGCAGAGUACAGGAGACAGACAGUGACCAGCACCCCCUGCUGGAUCGAGCUACACCUGAAUGGGCCCUUGCAGUGGCUUGACAAGGUCCUCACCCAGAUGGGUUCCCCCAGCAUCCGCUGUUCCAGUGUGUCUUAGAGACACUGGGAGUAAAGGGAGCGGGUUGGGGAGGGCGGGCAUGGGAAAAAUGACCUUGGAAGAGAACUCCAUCCAACUUGGUCUUAUCAAAGAACAGAUUCCUCCCAACUAAGGCACCAACCUGUCUCUGAGACCACAGAAGAAAAUCCCAGGAAUGGAUUUUAUGAACAGUUGUGUCUGCUCCAUACACGUGCCCCAGUCUGAAGGCCAACUGAUGGCUUCUGAUCUGGUGGCUUGAGCUAACAGGUGGUGUGUUGCCCCCUGACUCCUUGUUUAAUGACAGAGGUCUGGGAUGUCAUAGUCCAAAAGGAAAGUGCCUUUCUCCAGGGCUGGAGUGUGGAGUUUACCUUUGGAGAAGAACUUUCGAUGGAGCGUGCCCUGCCCCAGCACACUCAGAAGGGGUGUACCUGUCGAACUGAAUGGCUUACACAGGUACUUCCCCCGAACCCCCAGGAUGCAGAGUUGGAAACAUGCCGGAGGGAGGGUAGAGCUGGUGAGGUCCGUUCCUUCAUCGCCCACCCCUCCCUUCUUCCUUGGAAGGAGGCCGAAGCUCAGCGUGUGUGUGAGGUACAAUUCCUAUCAUCACAGCAAUCGCAAAGAGAUACGGUAUUGUUCAAAUAUUCACAGGAAGCAGCAAGGCAGUCCUGGGCGAGGUGGCACCAUGCUGAAUGAAUGCAUCUCUGGGAGCUGGCACCACACUCUGAGUGGUAGGCUGUGUUGGUUUAUGGAGAUAGUUGCAUCAAUGAAUUCCCCUAGCAUAGGCUCUUUGAAAUGUCUUCUGUUUGAUAGAAACAAUCCUGGGUACAUAUGUUGGCCAGGAAGCCAGAGUGGACUCAGCCACUGCUGCUUGCCCUGAGGUUUGGGAGCCGAGAGUUAUCGAAGACAAUGCACCAGGACGUGAGACAUCCCAGGCUGGCAUGGGCAAAUGAAAAGGGCUAUUAAAAUUUUUUUAUGCCUUGGAAAAUUGCAGGCUUGAUUCAGAGAGCUCUGUCAUCUUCACCCUGGGAUGUAAGAUCACCUAGCUUUGGUAAAGGAUCGCCACAGAAAACUGCUGCAGUGACACCGUGUAAUGAGCACUGUUCCCAGUGGCAAUUACAGAGAAAACGAGUGUAAAUUAUUUCAACUGGAAAAACCCAUCCCUUUCGUGGCUGUUUAGAACGCGGCACACAGGCUUGCUGCCUGCAACUGGUACUCUCUUCUUGGCUGCUGUCUCCGUUGUGAAAUGACGAGCCCAUGUUUCUGCACAGACUUCCUGUGGAAGUUCUGUCCUGCUCCAGAGGGGAAGAAAGUGCACCCUCCAAUGUGAUAAAUCUUCUGACGCUCCAGAGACUCUGGGGCACAUCCUAGUGCCCCUCCCGCAGGAGCCUGUGGCCUCAGCAGCUCUGGGCAGGGUAUUUCCAGCUAGGCAUGCCAAUCCUCCUUCAGACACGGAUGCCUGUGCGAGUCUCUCCCCAGGCUGAUGAUACAGGACUCAAAGACAAUUCUGAACCCCUCAGGUUCUCUGAAAGGGCACUGACCAUGGGCGUGAACACUGUGCCAGGCUUGAAAUGGUCUGCAGACUGCUGCUUCAGACACAGGAAGUCCUCGGAACUGGCUGCCUGCUUGCCUGCCUGAUACUCUGGUGUAGCUUCUAGAGGAGCAUUCAUGGCCCCCUCUAUCAGCUGCGGGCAGAGGUUCAUGUCACGUUCUGCCCGGGUUUCCUAGGGGCUUCUGGUGCCCCUCCCCCAGCCCUCCUCCAGGUGGCUGUAGCACAGCCCAUUCUGCUACAACUGGAAAGUACAGGGAGCCUGCACUCCUCAGGGCAGGCGGCGGCUUCUGGAGGCACAUGGUUAGGAGUACGGCCCUUCGCUUUAUUGACCAGUCACUGGAGAAAGCUGUACGAGAAAAUUCUAGGCAGGUCUACUCUUGGCAUUCCUGAGAGUAAAAGGCUGGGAGUCUAGGAAAGGUCACACAUUCAUGGAGAGCACAGGUCUUUUGGGUAUGUGUAAUCAAAGUGUCCUCCCAAAUCAGUUUUCCUUCUUGUAUGAACAGCAUUCUGCUUUUAAAGAACAGUUGAGAAUUGAGAAGAAAAUGGCACAGUAGGUGGUGUGGCCUUUGAGAAGCGUGGUUCCAUCAGGUGACCUGACUCUGCACGCCGGUCCAGCCGUGGGUGCCUGCUGAUACCAUGGCUAGCACCAGGUCUUCAUCUUCAGCACCCCCAAGAAGCUAACUCUGUACCCCUCUCCUCUGCUGCCCCUUCUUCCUUAGCCCAGGUGUGUGGACUAGAGUCCUGUGCUGGCCUGUGAGGGCCGUUGGUGGCCUGUAGAGAGGCCUGGCAUUUUGAGGACAGGCUAGAGUGGAGAGCAGGGCCUCUCUUAGGAAGGCCGCAAGGCGGGCAAGGCGGCUGGCAGACCUCUCCACUGACCUAAGUGGGCCUUUUUGAAAAUGUGUUGCAUCAAGCCUCGGUGCUUAUGAGGUGCUGUGGUCUUGAUCUUCCCCAACUGGCUUCUCAGAGCUGGGAUGUAUUCCAGAGCCUGAUGUUUUUAUUCAAACCACAGAAAGGUUUUCUUUACAUAGCAUGUGCAGUCACGCAUGUGCUGAGUUGUCUGGAGCAGAGGCAAAUAUCUGACUUCAUUCUUAGCCCCAAGCUGCCAUUUCUGAGUCCUUGAGAGGCUGGGAAGGCAGGCAGUUCUAGCUCUGCACUGUAUUCUUACUGUGUGACUAGACAUGUGAGCCCUUGACAUUAGAAGGAACCUGGCCAGAGCUCGCUUGUUCUGUUUUUGUGUGGCAUCCAUGUUCCAUUACUGGCCCCUUUAAGUAAUGGCCUUCACAGUGCACAGCAACUUCCCAGUGGGUAGAAAGCCACACACCAGGAUGUGGGUCAACCGUGAAGACGUGGCAUUGUAGACCGGGGAACAUGUGGAUGCAUGGCUAUUACCUGAACAGCCUUGCUUGUGUUAACACAAAAGUGAUGUUUAGCAUUCUGCCGCUUUCAUAUUUAUGUAACAAUUUCUUAAAACCAUUCAGAUGGGUAACUAUUUAAUUUCUUAAAAACAGUUGUAAAGUUCUCUCUCCUGAGGACAGUGACUUGGUAGAACUGGGGCACAGCCAGUCCCAGACACUGGUGGAGGCUGCAGUGACUUUUUUGGCUCAGGAUCCACAGGCAUCAGAGUAGACUGGGCCAACAAGUGGUGGCAUGUGCAAACAGGCUGCCCUAGUCAAGCCUAGUCCCUUCAACAGCACGUCCGCUGCACCAAGGCCCCUCCCUUCUGAAGUGGAAACUUCACAAGGAAAUUGUUGCCAUCUUUUGUCCCAGAAGCCUUUGCUGCUGCCAGGGCAAGUGGGCUGGUGUGGACUCUUGCUGAGGGAUGUUUGGAGGCUGAGGUUACUGUCACUCCUUAGCCAGCCAGGCCUUUAGUGUCUUUGUAAAAAGCAUGUAUUUAUAGUGUUUUAGAUUUUUCUAACUUUUGUAUCUUACAGCAUUGUACCCCAUUGUUUAAAGAGCCGUGUCCUUCUUCUAGACGCCCUUCUAAUAAACUUUUCACCGUAAUGCUCCUGAGCCAGGAGCACAGUCUGA